AUGAGCGACAAAAACACUACUGCCGAUAACGCCUCUACUUUUAGUGGCGACACGGCAUACACUUCCCAAGAGGCGCCAUCUUACACCCAAGGUGGCACUACUGGUGAUGGUGCAGCCGGUACCGAUAACACUUCGCAAGGCGAUAGCAGCAGCUGCUGGGAUGACUGUUCUUGUGAGGCCAAAUGGAAGGUCGCUGGCUGUUUGGUCAUCGGAGGUGCUGCUGCCGGUGUGACCGGAUGUGUCUUUGGAGGGGUCUGUGAUUAG